UCUCUCCCGGUUCUUUGAUCACGCGCCGGAGGACUCUUCCGGGGCCAGAGCCAACCCGAGGUGUUGCUGUCAGGGCUGCACGGCGGGAGGGGAGGCGCCCUCCCGAGGCCGGCACUGCCCAUGCAGCCCACCCACUCCGCCAUCUGGCUACUGAUGUCAUGAGUAACACGACAGUGCCCAAUGCCCCCCAGGCCAACAGCGACUCCAUGGUGGGCUAUGUGUUGGGACCCUUCUUCCUCAUCACCCUGGUCGGGGUGGUGGUGGCCGUGGUAAUGUAUGUGCAAAAGAAGAAGCGGGUGGACCGCCUUCGCCAUCACCUGCUUCCCAUGUAUAGCUAUGAUCCUGCGGAAGAGCUCCAAGAGGCUGAGCAGGAGCUGCUGUCUGACGUGGGAGACCCCAAGGUGGUACAUGGCUGGCAGGGCAGCUACCAGCACAAGGGGAUGCCCCUGCUGGACAUCAAGACAUAACCGCCCACAGGCCACCACUGGUCACCCGCCUGGAUAGGUACAGGGGCGCCUGCAGCUGGCAAGCCAAGCAAGCCUACCAGGCACUGACGGGCCGCUCUUCCUGUGGAGUGCGUAGCUUUCGCCAGCCUAUUCCCAUGGUGAUGGGAAUCCCAUGUAUAGUUGUACAUAUUUUGUAAAUAAAACUUGUGGCUUCAACUUGGGGUGGACUCCAUUGCAGGGUGGAAGAGGUGGCUGUAGGCGGCGGUUUUACCGUGUGAUUACACCGCAAUUACGGAACUUCACAACAGAAACUGUCCAGAAAAUGCUAUUUAUUCAAGUAACUGCAAAUAGGAAACCAGAGGGAAAGCCCCAGGCUGGGACAAAUACUGACCACUCCUCCCCCACAGAAUAAGGGGAGGUGGCCCUAAACCCUUUUCCCAACAAGUGGGCCCCUCCUCACCCCGCUGCAGCAUCCUGGGGCAGGGCCCCAUCUUCCCUAGUGUGGGUAGUUGGUUGGUAACCAGCCUGCUGUGCCCCAGCCCCCCUUCCCCUAGAGUGUAUUGUGAGGGGGGAAUACAGGCAAAACCGGGAGGAUGGACAUCAGGCGCUGGUAGCAGCAGCAAUGGUGGGUGUCUAAGAAUGAACAUUGAACAAAAAAAAAAAAAACAACACAA